AAAGGAGUUGCGCAGGCGCAGAAGUGGUGCUCGGGGAGAGAGCCUUCACUCACCAUGGCAACGGCUGGCUUCCAGGCCGCAACCCUUUCCUGAUAAUAUUAUCUCUCUCUCUCGCCAUAUUAAAAUCGACCCUCCGGUGGCGGGCGGUUGGUGGGUGGGGGGAGGAGGGUCCUGAGGAUAUCAAUGAGCGAUGAGAGGCGAGUGAAAGGAUGAUAGCGAGCAGCUCUGGCCUCUUGACCCUGGCUUCGUGCCUGUUGCUCUGUCGCUGCUCGGCCGCCCGGAAAACGAUGGUGGUGCUGCACCACAACGACUCAAGCGAGUUGCCGCACCCGCAGCCGCAGCCGAGUCCGGAGCCGCAGCCGCAGCCGCAGAGGCAGCUGCCCCAGCCGGAGCUACCCGAGUCACCUCAGGCCGUGUGCCCGGAGCUGUGCCGCUGCUACAUCAACAUCCUGUCGUGCCACCCAGCCAAGCCGGUGGGCUCGCACAGCCACGAUGCGGCCGUCGACCUCGGGGAGGCGGCCCCCACCGAAUCCAGCGGCAAUGGCAGCAAAUCUCCGCACUCCAAGCACAGCAGCAACACCACGGAGGAGGAUGAGAACAGCAUGAAGAUUCUCACUGAAAUACCCUCUGGGAUUCGAGGCACCAUGUCUGGCAAUGUCCUGACACCAUUCACCGUACUGGAUUUUCGAGAUAACAACGUUUCAUUCAUAUGGAAAGACAACUGGUUAUUUUAUCCAGGUGCAGAAUAUCUAAAUUUAAAGGGAAAUCGUAUAACGGAUUUGAUUCCAGAAACUUUUGAAGGUCUCUCACAUUUGAAAUACUUGUAA